AUGAACGAAUCGGUUGGCCCAGGCAGCCGGGGGUCGCAAUCGAGCGAUCAUCAGCAGUCCACUGCCAACGUGUUAUCUCAAAGUUCGACGCGAAACGACGAUUCUGCGCAGAAGAGUUUGCCUGUGACGCGAAAAAUGUCGUUUAGCCAGAAUGCUAACAGCAAAGGGAAGUCAGACAUUGGAGGCCCCAACCAGUCCCAGUUGUCCCAUACAAUACGGACUAUAAGUGGCACACAGCUCACACAGAAUUUCCGGAUCAAUGACUCACCUGUGUCUAUGCUGAAAGCGGUGCACGAUCCGUUUGAGGAUUCGCCCGAUUCCACAAGCACGCCAGCUCAUUCCAAGCUUAUUACGAGGCCAUUAUUGGGCACCCCAUCCCAAAGCGCCGCUUCUAGAAGCAAACAGCUUGCCAAACAUAAUGCAUCUGCUGACGCUUUCAAGAAAAUGAGAGACCAGAUCCCUGAAGCUUUUGAGUACGACACAGAGAUGGGCAUUGUUCUAAACGACCACGACGAUAACGACGAGACGCACGAGGAGUCUGGCACUUUUCUCAACUUACGGGGCGGGUUUGCCAAUUUCAAAGGCAAGUUUGAUGAAGGAUUCACCGUGGAUACGUCGCCUGCUACGCAAAUGGACGAGAAUAUCAACGAGGAGAUCAACGAGAAGUUGCGACAGAAAGAGACAAACGACCAAAACGAAACAGACUACUCGUAUCUUAAUAAUUACAUCAACAAGCGGCUAUCGCAGCAAGAUCCAAGCAGCAAACAGUCGGGGCUUCAGAGCUCUGCGGAAAAUGGAGACACAAGGGAAAUACAGGUUCCUGGAACCAUUGAAAAGAGUCGAAUGGGCAUAAUCUCAAACAGCAGCCCGCUGAGAAAGAAGUCGAUUAAGGAGAUUGUCGAGCUAGAAGAGGAAGACGAGCAAAACGAGCAGAAUGACGAGAUCAUUAGUUCUCAGAGUCUAUUUUCUCAAAUGAGAAACUUCACGGAAUAUCACCGUACGCAGAAAGACACACACACUGCCUCGUCGCCGAACUUUAACGAACCCUCGUCACAGGAGGUGAGCGAUUUCGAAUUCGACGAGAACGAGAACGAGAACGAGAAUGGAAACCAAGAGGAACUGCCAGUGACACUAAAUGUCUCCAACUCACAACAUUCUCAGACAGACCCGUCGGCGGGCUCUCAAAAAGAGCUAAGAAGCGUUGUGGAACGCUUUUCGCAAAACUCUCAUAGUUCGCAGUCAAAAGAAGACCAGGACAUGUUGACACAGACCGUCCCGCUAUUAUCCCAAACACAGAACGUCAACGACGAUGUGGAGGACAUCAAUGAUGACUUGAGAGGCGAUGCCAAUGCCAUUUCUUUGUCGCAAGUCGCGUACACUUCGAGUCUUCUUCUGCGUCCCAAGAGAACUCUCAAUACCAGUCCCAGAAAGUUGUCUCCGAGGAAAGUGCCGCGUUCUGCUCCUCCGGUAAUUUCACUCGAUGACAGCUCGCGCGAGUCGUCCAGACACAAUUCCGAGUCCGAGCUUGAUCAGCACGAUGUGUUUUCGAUGUCGCAGUCCAAUGAGAGAGAAAUUAAGGACAGCAUGGACGAGACCCGGAUCAACUCUAUCCUGGAUCGAAAGCAGAUCAAUGUGCUGCUUAGCACGAGAAAGGUUGAGGAGGAGCUCACCUCGCCAGCCUUUGAGCACACAGAUGAGAUUCAAAGUCAGAUUCGCAAACAGAGCCAGUCCACGUUUGAAAAGAAGGACAUUUUACCUAUUGAGACAUCGUCGCAAGAGAUAUACAGGGACGACGAGACGACCAAGGAGUUUCGCGAAGAAGAUAUUAUCUUCCCUCGGUCUGUUUGGGUCACCCUUGACAACAAGAAGUUCCCUUUUGGUAUCAGGAGCGUCUCCAAGUACCAGGACGAGAAGAACUCAAUGCAGUACUCGAUAUCCAUUUCCAACUCCGAGUUUGUUGAUGUUGUCGACCAGGGCAAGAUUUUUGCUCCGUUGGGGAUCAAGAUUGGGGAUAAUAUCAAGAUACUAGACAACAGAAUGAAAACAUACAAAGUUACGGGGCUGCAGUUCGAUAUUUCGCUUUCGCAUAUGGUCAAAUGUAUCAGGGGAUACAAUCGAGUGUACAUUGUUGACAAGGCAGACGAGCACGCAAAAGAAAUAAGCGUCCCGAUAGAGGAGAUAUAUCUGACUGCUCAACAGGGCAGUAAGCUGUCUUUCAAAAUAUUUGACGACGAAACACGAUUUCAGAAGUAUCUUUCUAGCCUCGAGGAUCAGGACAUUACAGAGAUCCAGCAUACUCUGCCAACUAUCCAGCAGUUGCCGUUUCACGGGUGUUUAUUUGUGCUCACAUCUGCUCCUCAGUCUGAAGGAUCAGAUCCAACGAAGCUAAGAGACAUCAUCAAAUUUAUCGAGUGUCAUGGAGGCACAGUUGUUGACGAGGGGCUACCAAAGAUAGUGAAAGUCGGGAAUCAAGGACUGGAGUCAGGACCUGGGCUACACGAUUUGAAGUUUGCGGCUUUACUUUCUCCAAAACAUGUGCGUACCAUGAAGUAUUUUCAGUCCUUAGCUCUCGGAUGGCCUAUAAUCUCCACUUCCUUCAUUGAGGACAUGAUAGAGGAUCCCGAGCGCAUCAACGUCUGGGAGAAAAGCUUCCCCAGCUACUUGCUCCCUUCAGGACACAGCUCCAAACGGAACUGCGUUCUGAAUUCAAAUGUCUACGCUUUCAUGGCCAAUUUCUAUCAAGGAGUACAUCUUGACCAGCAGCUUGGACUUAAGACCAUUCUGAAGGACGUUUCCAUCGCGGUUGACAGAGAGACCCUAAGCGUUAGCAGUCGAGACCUGGACUUUCUCCUGAAAGCUUUGGGAUGUACCAAAGUCAGGGUCCUCAAGCAAAUAAGCCACUCCGAGCUAUCGAAGCUAGAUCAAGACACAAUACUGUUCACCGGGCUGGACAAGAAGUCUUUGAAGUCGCAACUUCAUCGGAGAUCAUCCAAGAAACGGAAGGUGGAUCUUCCAGAGUACGAGAACGAGCUGCUGGUGGUCGACUGGGAAUGGCUGGUCCAGUGUAUUAUAGCGGACGACCGGUUCGAACCUCUAUUCCGCUGGAAAGUCAAUUUGACAAGAAAAUAA